AUGUAUCCGAUAAUAGAUAUUGACGGUCAUACUUUUUCAAACAUCAUGGAGGGACUUGAUUAUCUUUUGGCAAAAUACAAUAAGACAAUUGAUAAUGGGCUUAUUCCGUUUGAAAGAGCACAAGCAGUUGCAAUAAGCGCAUUGUUGGACGAGCUCACGUGGAUGUUAGCAUUUUCGCGCGGAAACAAUUUUUCAUGGAUGCGAGAUGAUAGAAGAAUUCUCGAAGAUUUCAGCAAAUUUCAUUUAUACAUUUGGAGAAAUUUAAUUGUUCCUCGACUUCAAAGUAAAACUAGAAGACGCGCUCGCGGAUACGGACUAUUCGGGAAAAAAGCAAAAGAAGAAGUUGCUGGUCGAAGCGAGGCGAUGCUCGAGGCACUCAGCGCACUGCUCAAUUCGAAUAAAUAUUUUUUCAAUGUCAAGGAACCGUCAUGGCUUGAUUGUAAGGCUUUUGCCGUUUUGGUACAAUUCAAAUACACACCAUAUCAGAAUGAAGCACGAACUAAACAAUUUAUGAGGGAACGAACUCCAAAUUUGAUGAGCUUCGUGACACGUAUGAAAGACGAUUUCUGGUCGGAUUGGAAUACGACGAAGGAUUGA